AUGUCUACUUCUCAGCCCUCCUCCGGCUCCGCCAUCGCGGCCGAGAAGCCCGUCGAGAAGCCUGUCCUCACCGACCGCGAGACCGCACUCCUUCAGGUUGCCAUGCUCAGCUUGAAGUCCGGCGCCCCGGAGAUCGACAUUCAGAAGUUCACAACCCAGGGUGGCUUCAACACCGUCAAGACCGCACAGAACACCUGGGGAGUCUUGAAGAAGAAGCUUCUCUUGAUGAACCCUCCCACCGCCGAGGACGGUGAGGCCGGUGCUACCAUCGCUAAGACUACUCCCAAGAAGCGCGCCAAGAAGGACUCCUCCGCAGAUGAAGAGAAGUCUGCUGAGGCUGAGGAGGGCAGCCCCGUCAAGAAGGCUAAGAAGACCCCCACUCCCCGCAAGACUGCCGCUCAGAAGAAGGCUGAGGCUGCCGCCGCAGCUGGUGAGGACGGUGUCGCCGAUGCCACCGGCUCUCCCGUCAAGAAGGCACGCAAGUCUCCUGUCAAGAAGGCUGCUGCCACCAAGAAGUCGGAGGCCGCCGUCAAGGAGGAGGACAACGAGGACGACGCUGCCGCCGCCGAGACCGAGGCUGAUGCCGCUGAUGUUGAGGAGGACAUCAAGAUGGAGGAGUAG